AUGAACGGAACAGAGGGUCCCAACUUCUAUGUGCCCAUGUCCAACAAGAGUGGGCUGGUGCGCAGUCCCUUUGAGUACACCCAGUAUUACCUGGCCGAACCCUGGAAGUACUCCCUGCUGGCCGCCUACAUGAUCUUCCUCAUAAUCACCGCCUUUCCCGUCAACUUCCUCACUCUCUACGUCACCAUCCAGCACAAGAAGCUCCGCACUCCUCUGAACUACAUCCUGCUCAACCUGGCGGUGGCCGGCCUCUUCAUGGUGGUCGGGGGCUUCACCACCACGCUCUACACCUCGCUGCAUGGAUACUUCGUGCUUGGGGUCUUGGGCUGCAACCUGGAGGGUUUCUUUGCUACUAUGGGUGGGGAGAUUGGUCUGUGGUCCCUGGUGGUGUUAGCGGUGGAGCGCUACGUGGUGGUCUGCAAGCCUGUGAACACCUUCCGCUUCGGGGAGACACAUGCUGUGGUGGGCGUGGCACUGACCUGGAUCAUGUCCCUCACCUGUGCUGUGCCACCGCUGCUGGGCUGGUCCAGGUACAUCCCAGAAGGUAUGCAGUGUUCCUGUGGGAUUGACUACUACACGCCAAAGCCCGAGAUUAACAACACGUCAUUCGUCAUCUACAUGUUUGUACUGCACUUCACAAUCCCACUGAUGAUCAUUUUCUUCUGCUACAGCCGCCUGCUGUGCACGGUCCGGGCGGCCGCAGCGCAGCAGCAGGAAUCGGAGACAACCCAACGGGCUGAAAAGGAAGUGACCCGCAUGGUGGUUGUCAUGGUGAUAUCCUUCCUGGUGUGCUGGUUGCCGUACGCCAGCGUCGCCUUGUACAUCUUUGCCAAUCAGGGUACUGACUUCGGGCCUGUGUUCAUGACCAUCCCAGCCUUCUUCGCCAAGAGUGCCUCCUUUUACAACCCUGUCAUCUACAUCCUGCUUAACAGACAGUUCCGUAACUGCAUGAUCACCACCCUGUGCUGCGGGAAGAACCUGUUCGGUGAGGAUGAGAGCACUACUGCCUCCUGCAGGACACAGACCUCCUCUGCGUCCACCGGCAAGGUGGCUCCUGCCUGACGGCGAAGUCGCGAGCCCUGACUGCCAACCAGACACCAGCUGGCCAAUUCUGCCUCCCUACUGCUGCACACACACACACACACACACACACACACACACAUUGGUUUGUAAUCAUAUCUUUGUGGGGACUCUCCUUUCAUUUCUAUAGGGAAAACUCUAAUCCCAACAUGACAACCUUAACCAUAAGUAACCAAACAAAAGACGACAUUUUUAGUGUUUUGAUUGCAUUUACAGAUCUUUGUGGGGACCUGAAAAAUGCUCUCUACAACAUCAAAAAGCAGGUUUUUUUAUGACAUUGUGGGGGAUAUUUGGUCCCCACAAUGAAAUAUAAACUUAAUCCACACACACACACACACUAGUUAAUUCUAAAGAUACGCGAAAGACCGCCCUGCAUCAUUAUGUAGAAAAGCUAUAUAGCAUUUACAGUAUACAACAUUUCCAUAGACAAUAAUUCUGGCUGAUCUUUAGAUCUUUGCAUGGGAAAUAAAAUUGAUGCUAGAAUAUAAAUCCAUUUUUAGAGGACAGUCUGAUCUUAUUAGAAUAGUAUUAUGUUAAAAUGCAAAAUACUGUGAUACUGGGUAAGUUAGGGGAGGAAUCCACCGUUUGCCCUGUAAUGUGAAUGUACAAGCAGCAAAGAAGGGAAGGUUAUUACACGGCUGGGAAGGAUUUAAAUCGAAUAAAAGCAUCUUAACUGUG